AUGAAUAACUCAGGAAGUAACAUCAGUCACUUGGACAAUAUCAAAAAUGAUGGAUACGAUGUCUUCAUUCUGCUCCUUACCUUUUUGUGUGGAUUUGUAAUGGGCCUUCUCACCAAGUACAUGAAGGAGAUAAAGAAGAAUGCCGUGCGGAUAAAGGAGGCGUGUGCGAACUUUGACUUGAUAUGCACAAGUGACUGCAAAAUGGUGUUCUGCGUCAGGACAGACAUCAAAAUGAACAAGGGGAAAAUCUGCUCUCAGUGUUGCCACGCCUGCCUAGCAGUUUACGAGAAAAUUGUGAAAAGAAAUAGUAAACUCAAGGAAAGAGAAAAUGGAAAAGGCACCCUCACCUACUUCGACCUUUGGAAAAAGACGGGACAGAAAAAGAUUGUCCUGAAGAUAUCGAGUUUGGACGAAAUGUACGAAAUUGAAAGAAAGGCCAAGAAGGAAAAUCUCAUAACGUCCAUAAUCAUCGACGCGGGCCGGACGCAAAUCGAGCCAAACACGGAAACUGUCAUCGCCAUUGAACCGGUGCCCGACGAAGUUGUUAACAAGAUAACUGGUCAGUUGAAGCUUCUGUAA